GUCAAUUAACCGAAGUAAAUAUUAUAGCGAGUCAUGGCAGAAAGCAAGGAAGAAACGAAAUGGAUUACACGAUUUUAGCAGCAAGUUUUCUGGCUCUAGGGCUAUACAGUAACACACUGCCUGCAGACUUUGCCUAUGAUGACAGUCGAGCCAUAUUGAAGAAUCCAGACUUGCUGCCUGAAACUCCACUGAUUAACCUAUUUUAUGAUGAUUUCUGGGGAACACCUUUAACUCACAGUGGAUCACACAAAUCCUACAGACCAUUAUGUGUAUUAACAUUUCGUUUAAAUUAUUACCUCGGAAAGCUGGAACCAUGGGGUUACCAUUUAGGAAAUGUGAUAUUACAUUCAUUAGUGACAGCAGUUUUUACGUUUUUAGCUAAAAAGUUUUUAAAACAUUGGUUUCCGACGUUAGUAGCAGGAUGCCUAUUUGCUUCACAUCCCAUUCAUACAGAAGCAGUUGCAGGAAUUGUUGGAAGGGCUGAUGAGGGGGCCUGUUUAUUUUUUAUUUUGACAUUUUUAAAUUAUAUAAAAUAUACAGAAUAUCGUGAUACCAAUGAUGAGGGUAAAAUGCGGAAGAGAUGGUUGUAUAUGGCAGGUGUUUAUAUGUUUACUACAGCUGGUAUGUUAACUAAAGAACAAGCUAUAACAGUUUUAGGCGUAUGUCUCAGUUUUGAUAUGUUUAUAGUUCAUCGUGUGAAGAUAACAGAUAUCAUAUCUUUAAAAAUUUUAAAAUUGUCUCGUUUAUUAGAAGGUGGUGUGUUAUUGACAGUGUAUGGUGUUAUAUUAGUUAUAUUACGUAUAUAUUUUAUGGGAAAUAAACCUCCAGAGUUUGCACCGUCGGAUAAUCCAGCUUCCGAUUCCAGUAGUAUUCUGACACGAACUCUGACUUACAAUCUGCUACCAGCUUAUAAUGUAUGGAUAUUAAUAUGUCCUAGAGUGCUGAGUUUUGAUUGGUCAAUGGAAUCGAUACCUCUAGUGCAAACAGUGACAGAUCCUCGUAAUAUGUGGACAAUACUUCUAUAUUCCUUGCUAUUAUACAUAGCAUAUAAAAUAUUGAAAGAUUUACAUAAAAAUACUACUUCAGCUAUUCCCAUCCCUAAGCCUCAUACCAAUGGUAAUGGCGUCGGACAUCAUUCAUCCUCAAGUACAAAAUUAAAUAAUUCUAAUAAAAUCCGUUUAAAACGUCGUGGUUCAAACAGUUCCACUGAUAGUUAUGAAGAUGUACCUGUUUUAACUCACUCGCUAACAAGUGUAGAUAUUUUGAUCAUUUCCUUAUCGAUUAUAAUUUUCCCAUUCAUUCCUGCAUCCAACACAUUUUUCUAUGUUGGGUUUGUGAUAGCUGAAAGAAUAUUAUACAUUCCUAGUAUGGGCUUUUGUUUACUAGUGGCUCAUGGAUCCUUUAUAUUGUAUAAAAAGUGCUCCCAACACUGGCAGAAGACAUUAAUGGUUGUCUCCCUUAUAUCAACUGUGAUUUUGUUUAGUAGUAAAACAUUCCUACGUAACCAGGACUGGCAGACAGAAGAGAGAUUAUAUAAAUCUGGUAUCGCUGUUAAUCCACCUAAAGCAUGGGGUAAUCUGGCUAAUAUCUGGAAUGGCCAGAGAAAAUCAGCAGAAGCAGAAGAUGCAUAUAGAAAUGCCUUAAAAUAUAGAGGAAAUAUGGCUGAUGUUCAUUAUAAUCUCGGUAUUUUACUUCAAGAACAGAAAAGAUAUGAUGAAGCUAUAGAUAGCUAUAACAAAGCUAAACAUUUUAGACCAAAAUUAUCUAUGGCUUAUCUAAAUUUGGGUAUCAUUUUAUCACAGUUAGGACAAAGUGAUGAAGCAGAAAAGAUUUAUAAAAUUUGUGCUGAUUUAGAUACAUCUGGUUUAAAAGAUCCUAGGUUACAUGAGGGAACCAAGAUAUCAUGUUUAUAUAACUUGGGUAGAUUAUAUACAGAACAAGAAAAACUGAAGGAAGCUGUAGAUACAUAUCAUGAAGCUUUAAAAAGAAGACCAAAUCAUUAUGCACCACAAAGUUUGUACAAUAUGUUAGGUGAAGCCUAUGUCAAAAUGAAUCUGUUAGAUGAAGGAGCUAAAUGGUUUAAUGAAGCACUGAAAGCUAAACCUGAUCACAUUCCCGCUCAUUUAACCAUGGGAAAACUUCUACAAAAGAAGAAACAAAUCAGUGAAGCUGAACAAUGGUUUGAAAAAGCCUUAAAGAUAGAUGAAAAUGAUGUUUCUGUUUUACAUCACUAUGCUCAGUUUUUAGUUGAAAUCGGUAAAGAUAAAGAAUCUGCUGUUAUGUAUAGAAAAGCUAUAAGUAAAAGUACAGAUGAUUUUGAACUUCUCUUCAAUGCUGCUAAUGUCUUUAGACAAAUUGGAAAUAAUUUAGAUGCUGAAGAAAUGUAUAGAAAAGCAGUCAAAAUAAAACCAAAUGUGCCUACAGCUCAUAUGAAUCUAGGUGCAAUGUUACAUACUAAUGAAAAGUUCCAGGAAGCUGAGUUAAGUUAUCUUGAAGCACUACGGUUGAAACCAGAUGAUGCUUUAACCAAAACUAACUUACAGAAAUUAAGGAAUAGAAUGAACCAGAAAGGUACUGCAAGUACUAUAGACCAGCAAUAGGUUUAUUAUAUUAUUAUUAUUAUUAUUAUAUUGUUAUUGUUAAAUUAUGUUGUUGCCAUAUUAAGUUUUAUAGCUAUUAUUUUUAUUAAUGAGAACUUGGAAUCAACUGUAUCAUUUUGACUGGGUUGGGUGUAGGCCUAUUUGUAAUGUUGUACUGUGCUGUGUAUGUAUAAUUUGUUGUUGGUGUAUGUGACAAACUUUUUUAUAAUUUAAUAAUAUAAUUAUUAGUUAAUUUUAGAACAAAUUGAAAUAUAAUAAAACAAAAGAAAUUCUCUGUUCUCAGUUAAGUUAUUUUCUAAAAUUUUAAAUUUGAUCGAAUCUAAAAUGGAUGUUUAAUAGAUAAUAUAUAAUACUGGUAUAUCUUCCUUCAGAAUCAAUUAAAAAUUGACAUGAUGGAUUGUUAACAGACUGAAUCUCAUUGAAGUAUGUUUUGUUUUUAGAUUUAUUCUGGUAUUUUAUAGUGCUCUUUUCAAACUAGAUAGAUACUGAUUAUUGUCAUUUUUGUUAUUAAAUUUAACAAAACUAAUUUUAAGGUACAGGGUUAGAUUUGUAUUGUUAGGGUGUAACUACUAAAUUUUGUGAGCCUAAUUUUUGUUCAUUUUUGUUAAGCUAAUGUCCCGACCAACAUUUUUAGCCUUAAACACAAAGGGUGUUUGUCAAAAUUGUCUUUCUAAACCCUUUUCAAAUUCCUGCACAAACAAGGUUGUUUUAGUCCCAAUAGACAUUUUAAAAAUUAAAACAAAUUGGCUGCAAAUGUUCUAAGACUUUUGCAUGCACAGACUCUGCAGCUUUCCCAAUGAAACUCAUCAUCUUAAUUAUUGCAACCCCUGUCUUUUACCUAUUAUUAAAGUUGUGAAUCUUAACGACCAUAAGUUUUCUGUGAUAUUAAUCAUGCCUAUUAUAUUUGUAUUAAGCAAACCUGUCCAUCAUUAAAGGACUCUGAUUAUACUUUUAUAUUUGAUAUAGACAAUAACAUAUUACAAUAUUUUAAUCCUGUAUAUACAUUAUUCAGUCUUAUGAUUACUUACAAAAAUACAAGUUUAGAAAUAUUUAUUAGGUAUAUUAAUUCAUAUAUAAUAUAUGUCUCAUAUAUUAUUAUAAUGUUUAACCUCAUAAAUAUGUAGGUUACUAAGAAUCUACAUAUACAUAGUGCAUUAUUUACAGAAUUUGAUUUUUAGAUGAAAUCCGUGUGUAGGACUUGCUUACUGUAAUGUGGAUGCCCCACAUUAAAAAAAAAAAUCUUCAAAAAAAUUUGAUAAUUAUUAAUUUAUUAUAUGUAAAUUUAGGCCAAUGUUGUUUAACUGUAAUAGUGGAUUUUACAUUAUAAUUAUCUAUUCAGUUACAUUUUUAGAUGAUAUUGUACAUAUAGAGUGUGGUGGCCUUGAUCUCACUUUGAUAAUUUUAAACAUUGUUACCGGUUACUUACAUCUAAAUCAUAUAUGGUUUGCAAUUAUUGUUUAAAGAUUAGCCGAUGUUUUUAUUGUAGUUUUAGCAUUAAAUGCACCUAUUUUAAAAUUUGAAUUUAUAUAGAGAGAUAUUUACAAAUGUAUUGCAACAGGUUAAAAGUUGAUCAAAUUAUUUGGGGAGCUGAAAAUUAUGAGAUGUCCUGUUCCAUUUUUCAAAAUAAUCCCCAGUUGAAUUUGUUUUGUUGAAAGAUUAGAUAUCAAACUAAAAGUUGACACUAAUUUUGAACAUAAAUUUGAAUGAGGCCUUAUAAAUUCUCCCUUCAGACUUGUUGAAAUCUAGUGAGUGCUUAUAAAUUGACUCUUGAUUUUAAUAUACAUGUUUUAAAUACUAAUAUAUAUAUAUAUGAUACAUCUCUGUGCAGGGAAUCUCACAAAACACAUAUAUUUUAAUAUAUUUCUAAGAAUAAUAUAUUUCACUCUUUAUUUGCUAUUAAACCCAAUGAACAAAUUCGGUUUAUAUACAGGGUCACUGUACAUUAUAAAAUAUGAGUUUAGUGGAUGUCUUUGAAAAUACAUCUUUUUAAAAUUUCUUUCAUCCAGCAAGUAUUUCAUUAUGCAUAAUCAUAAUGUAGUAUUUAAAAUUUCUAUGCAUAUUAAAAUAAAUCCCAAUGUUUACUUUCUUUAUUUGAUAAGUAAUACAUUUAACAGUAUUAUAGAUAUUGUUUUCAGUAUAUAGCUGCAUAAUAUGUAUGUCGUGUUAAAUGUUGACUUGCUUACAGACAAAUAUGAAUAUGUAUUUCAAAGUUUCCACUUUUUGCUGCACUCCAGUUUCUGCUUUCAUGGUUAUUAUUUUUGACAAAAUUUCCUUAAAUGAAAAUGAAUUUAAUGUUCCAAGUCCCAAUAUCCCCAGAACAGUGAAUCUGAAAAUAGAUACUGAUUAUCAUAUUCUAAUAAAUAGUUUGGGAGAUGCAUUGUUUUUAAUUUUGGGAUUGUUUAGUAAAUUAUAUUUUUGUAUUAUAUCAUGCUUCAAUUAUACAGAACAAUGUCAAAACUAAAACAUCAAAAUGAAGCAUUGGAAAUUAGUCAAAUGUUAGAGGUUCUCAUUUAAUUAAAUAAUUGUGAAUACCAGUAUUUAAGUUCUAUAAAAAAAAAUGUAUAAAUAACAUUGGUAUGUACUACUGCGAUAUCACCUUCGGUGGAAGCGGACGUUAAACGCUAAGAACAACUACUGGGUCUUUAAAAAUUUCAAAUAUUUAUACAUGAUUUAUUAUAAAGUAGUUGUCAGAUUUCAUAUUCAUUAGCUUACAGAUAAAUAUAACCAUUCCUCUUUCACUUCAUUAAAAUAAUUUAAUUUUCAAUAUAAGAAUGUAGAAAGCUAAUUUGAUUUAUAUAUAUAUAUACUGUUAAGCUUUUGUUUUGUUGGUUCAUUGCUUCAUAAAUACAUAUUAAAUAUGACCAUUAAAUUCACUGUUAAAACUUAA